AUGGAGGAGGAAGGUGAGUGCAUACACCGUAAGUCACGUUAGCUGUGAACAAUAUAUUUUUUAUAGAGUGUUUCCAUUAACGUGGCCAUCAUCUAUGCAAAAUUUAUUUUGACAAAAAAAAAGGAUUGGUUCACCGUUUGGAAUACCAAUAUGGCCUCCGUGGCGUCAUGUGAAAACUCUCGUAGCUAAAACGCCUAACAAGGGCUCAAGCCCAUCGCACGUAAAGUGUCACAAACGUUUAAGUUCAAGGCUGGGACCGAUUCAUUUUUUUUUUAAAUCAAAUUACCCUUAUUGCUUUAAUUUGCGAUCUCAACAGGCAAGCUUUUUGACAUCAUUCAGUAAUAAAUACUUGUAUGAUACCCAAACCUUUUUAAAAGAGUGACGAAAAAUAUUAUAAUGAACACCUCCAUACAACAGAAAAAAAGUUUUUUCCCUCAUUUUUUCCUAUAACUUGUUUCUUACUUUGUGGUAAUUACACUCUAUUUUUUAUAUAAGAUAUAUUUCGAAAGAAUAUCGAGGCUGAAUAAUUAAGUAAAUUAAUUUUAAGAAUAUUUUAAUAAACCCCAGGCUGAGAUUUUGAAAAGGAUAUUGUUUUUGUUUGUUCAAUCUGUAAAUACAAUACAAUCAUGCAUACCCUUUCAACUUAUUCCUCUCUCUAAACAGUAAACGGCAAAAGUAGCCAAGAAUGAUUACAAGAAUAUUUUCAGCCUACGAUCUGCAGAAAAAUAAGAAUAUUCAGCCUAGGCUGAAAAAAAAAUUCUUAUAUAUGAAAAAAAGAGUGUAUAUUGUUUCGGUUUGUUCUUUUAAAACAUAAUAUAACAAUACAUUUCGAGCCAUUUUGGCUGUCAAUUUCCACCUGAUCUGGGACACGAUCAGCGAUCAGUCUGCGUAUGCUUGCCGCCAUCUCAGCGCAAAUUUUAAAGAAGAGGAGAGAAACCCUACGAGCGUGUAUAAGGCCCACGCACUUCGGUCAAAAAUAUCACGCUGGCGCUUCGUGCCUUGCAAAACCGAUUUUGCGAAAAAAAAAAAAAACUGUUUGCUGUCUAAAAGGCAUACAUGUGAUCUUUGAAAUUAAUAUAAUAAUAAUAAUAAUAAAUGUCUUUAUUUCGCCCGUUAAAAUACUUAAUAAACGUUACAGAGACUGAAGUAUACAUAUCAUGAAAAUCGCACAGAUUGUUUACAAUUAUCAUAUAAAACCUGAUAAAACAUUGGAUAUCUAUAUUGUUAAGUUGUAUUUAAACCUUAUUCUAUUAAAGUAACAAUUCUUAAAACGUUCUGUAUUAAUCCGUGGUAACUGCAUGACUUGCUUGUGAUCCUAACCUCUUGGAUCACUCUUUGACCUUCGGCAAACGGGCAUACUGAGUAUGUCGCCCAGUAUCCGGACACUUCAGUUUAACAUUGCAAUAACUUUCCUUAAUUUGUUAAUUGCAAGAGCUCUGAAAUUUGGCCCGGAAAAAAAUAUAUUUAGUCCUUAAUAUAACGAAAGACAGUUUAACUUUUUUGCCUUUGUUUCCAUCGCGAAAUUAAUUUCCCCCGCAGGGAUUUCGCCAAGAACGCGAAAUCCCGACGAGGCACUCUAGUACCUCGCAGGUAUAUUAAGGAAAGUACUUGCAGCUGAAAUACAAAAGACCACGCUAAAAGGAAGAAAUACUAAAAAAGCCACUAUCAUAAAGGUAUCACGCAGAAAAAGGCAUCACGCUUAAAGGUAACACGCAAAACGGCAUCACGCAAAGAGCCAACACGCAAAAAGGCAUAACGCAAAGAGGCAACACCCAAAAAAACAUCACGCAAAAGGCAACACGCAAAGAGGCAUCACGCAAAGAGCCAACACGCAAAAAGGCAACACACAAAGAGGUAUAACGCAAAAAGCAACACACAAAAAGGCAUCGCAAAAAAGGCAAUUUGUAAAAAGGGCAUCACGUGAGAAGUUUAUUUAGGAUCCAGGUCUGGAUCUUAAUAAUAAUAAUAAUAAUAAUAAUAAUAAUAAUAAUAAUAAUAACAUGUUUAAACAGGAUGGCCAUUUCAGUUAUAAAAACUAAUACCAAUAUGGGUCCUGUAAUAAAUGAAUAAAAAGAUAAAAGCUUAAUUAUAUACGAAACUGGGAUACGUUACAUAAUUAUAAUCAAUAAAAAAGGCAGCCUCCUUAUGAACAAAACUACUUACAAUCACUAAAAAGGCCCUCUUAGUCAACUCGAGAUUGACUUUAUCAAUAGAUAACCUAUCCUUAGACCUGGUGUCAUAGUCACGAAUAUCAUAAGUUCGCCGUCGAAAAUAAUCAGAGAAAUAACUUGGAGCUUGUCCAUCAAGACAAUUCUUGACACGUUUGACGAUAUGUUUCUCUCUUCUCGUCUUAAGAGGGUUCCAACCAAGACCAGAAGCCAUAUCUUGAGUGGACAAAUGCACCGUCUUUAGCACUAUCCUAGUAGCACGUCUCUGCAGGCGUUCCAAUUCUUCUUCAUUUCCUUUACCACAGCCAUGAAAAACAGCACAACAGCACAACAGUAUUCCAUAUUUGGAGAGUAUCAUCGAUUUAUACAAUCGGUUCGAUGCCUCAGUUGUUAAUGAUGAUCUGAUUCUUGAGGAGAUCCCCAGUGUUUUAGAAACUUUCUUCUUCACAUAGUUAAUAUGCAAAUUAAAGGAAAGACUGUUGUCCAAAACUACGCCUAGGUACUUAAAGGCAUCACAGUGUUUCACAGAUUCUCCUCCCAACGUUAUAUGAGCCCCAUCGAUGUCUUGGCGACAUAGUCUCUGGUGGGUACCAAAAACCAUGAACUCAGUCUUCCUUAAAUUCAGAAUCACUUUAUUUGUAGACAGCCUCUCAGACAGAUUAAUCAGUUCCAAAUUUUACUGUAACUCAAUUUCCGAUAUUAAUGGAGCUGAGAAGAAGAUAACUGUAUUAUCAGCAUACAUCAUAACUUUACAGACAUCAACACGGGAAGGUAGAUCAUUAAUAUACAACGUAAAUAAAACCGGACCAAGGAUACUCCCUUGAGGCACUCUACUUAGGAGAGCUAAGGGACUCGACAACUCGUUAUCCAGGGAGACAGCUUGAAAUCUGUCGGAUAGAUAGCUUGUAAACCAAUUAAUCGAAUUUUCUCCGAAGCCAAAUCUUUUCAAUUUGGAUAAGAGUUCCUUGUGCGUCACAGAAUCAAAGGCCCUCCUUAGAUCAAUAAACAAAGCACCUGUUAACUGUCCCGACUCUGCACUUCUUCUUAUCUCAUCGGUGAAAUAGAUCACAGCACUCUCCGUUGAAUGGUGUUGUCUAAACCCUGCCUGAAAUGGACUCAAAAGGUCAAACCUCUGUAGGUACCGUUGUAAUGGAACGUUGACAGCUUUCUCCAUAAUUUUCGACAUAACCGGCAAUAUGGAGAUUGGUCUGUAGUUGUCCAUAGUUUCAUGUCCACCAGACUUAUGACUUACGGUUCAUCUUCCAAUCACUUGGAACAAUUCCAGUACUGAGCGAUAAGUUUACAAGAAAUGUCACAGUGGGAGCGAUAACCGAAGCGCCAUCUUUCAAAAACCGAGCCGAAAUCCCAUCCAAACCAGUGGCCUUUUUCACUUUUAAGCCCUUCAGUUGCUUAAAUAAUACUAAAGCCCUUGUAAUUUAGAAAAGACUCAAGUUCCCCUAGGAUGACCGAACAGAUACAAAUUUUAUAGCGCCGCCUUGUAGAAAGCAAUUCUAGAUAUCUAGUAGUACUCUGGAUAGCCUAAAAAGUGUUUUCAGUGUAUUUAGGAGGAAACCUUCGUUGGGUGCCGUUGAUAUAAUGGAUGGUUAAUAUUGUUCUUAAUUUUGGUGAACAACCUGCGGUCACACUUUUCUAGAAGGUCAUAGAUAUUAAUUAAUUCAGAAGUGCAACGUCGCUUAUUGUACCUUUUAAAAAAACAUUGUAUGGUGUUUAAAUCUACCUGGCUGGCUACAUAGAUUAAAAGUGCGUACGUGAUCUUUGGCAAAACAAUAGCCUUAAAGAGGUGAUCUAUCUCUACCUGCGUGCAUCCUUCUUUUCUUAGUGAUCUUGAAAUGAACAUACAAACACUUGUUUUUCGGGUUGCGUGUAGUUUAUAGAUCGAGUGGUGGAGCAACCCUCUUGGUGGGGGAAUGUUAACAUGCAAGAAAAAAAGCAGAAUAGGGAAGAUACAUGAAAAAUGUUCUUUGAAAAAAGUUACAGUCAACAAAACAAAAGAAACUGUGUAAAAACCAUAAUCUGGCACACUUUAUGGGCUCCUGUGUCUGGUCAGUUUCAUUUUAGUUUGCAAUCUACUGAUAUGCAAGUAAGAAAUUUUCGUUAAAGUUUAAUCUUCAAAAAUAUUUUUUGAAGGUGAAGUAUUACAUGUUCGCCCAUGCACCAGCAAUUUACUUAUUAGUUUCUUUAUCAUUUUUUUUAAUCCGUAAGACUUAAUUUACAUACAAAGUAUUCUUCCCAAUUGUAUUCCAUAUUUCAGGUGUUUUCACAGCUGCAUUUGAUACUCAACUCGAAUGGCUCAUUGUUAAAGGGAUAGCUGAUGUUGGGAAUGGUGAGCAAGCGACUGCAGAAAGUUGGGAAUCCUGUGCUAGUGCGAUGGCAGCAUCUCUUGUCUCACACAUAUUAAGUGAUCCUGGUGUUUUUCGCACUUGGCCUCAUUACCCAGGUAUAAAUUCUUUUUAGUCUAGUGGAUUAUGAAAAAGCGUAGGGUUAACAGGCUGAAUUAUAACGGCCGCCUGGUUAGCUCAGUUGGCCAGUCUGCUGAGCGGGAGGUCGCGGGUUCAAACUCCGGCCGGACCAACACUUAGGGUCUUUAAAUAACUGAGAAGAAAGUGCUGCCUUUCUAAUGACAUCUGCAAAUGUUUAGACUUUCCAGUCUUCUCGGAUAAGGACGAAAAACCGUAGGUCCCGUCUCACAGCACUUUCACAUAUCUGUUCUUGUGGGCCGUAAAAGAACCCACACUACUGUUCGAAAAGAGUAGGGAACGUGGCCAACCUUAACGGGUUGUGGGAUUGGGUAGGGAUGGCACCUUGCAUGGGACCUGUGAGUCCCGUUCGUUCCCUCUGGGCAGGCCUGUGUCCAGAAAAGCGUGUAAAACUAAAACUAAAACGAAUUUGCCGGCUUCAGCAAAAGGACUGCGUGAAUGCUGCUAGUAAGACAGUGAAGAAUCUCAGAUCCUCAGAUCAAAAGGCACAUUCAUCAUUUUUCUUUAUCUUUAUUUUAGUCUUUAAUUAGUUAAUUGCCAAUAGCAUAGGCUAAUCGUGGCCAUGGGUGGCCAUAGUUAGGCGGUGGGUGAUGGCCUUUAACUCAGGCAAAGACGGAGCGUUAAUAAAAGCAAACGGAACUGUUACACACACUCAGGUAUGCAACGGGCAAAAACGAUUACUUUUAGGCAUCAACAAAAACGGGUCAGAGGUUGUAUAUCAUGUCAUGGGACUUCCUGGUAUGGGAGGUAUUAAAAAUUAAUUCAUUAGAGAAUAUCCAAGCGGCGUUACCUCAACAUUCAAGAUUGAGUCUCUCUCAUCUCUUAGUCUACAUGAUAACGUUGAUCGUCGGGGUACAUGUUUCUCAUCAAAAAAUAAAAUAAAUUGUGUAAUCACCAAUAAGUACGGCCCAAAAUGCUAAUGCUGUCUUUGCCUGGAUCUUUCAGUGAAUGAUGAUCUCUUAGUGGCUCAAUUCGAAAGCCGUAGAAAGCGGAAACUAAUUGAGCACCAUGCAGGUAAUAUGUAAACUAAAAAUAUUCUUCUUUAUAAAGCUGACCCAUUCUUCUUGUUGCGCUCUUUGCUUUACUUUCAUUUUAGACGAUCCUAAUAAGGCGUUUAAGUGCAUAAUCCCUGCUGCGACGUUAGCAAUAAGAGCCUGUUGCCAGAUUUUUAUAGGUGAUUAUUUUUCAGGCAAUACUGAGCGGGAGUCUUUGUGGUGAGUUACCCUGUAAUUCCCUAAUGUUUUGUUCACCAGGUGCCUUGUGUGAUGAUCAGAGCUCAACGCAAACCAAAACUGGAAGAUUUUCCGCCAGAACAUCUCAGAAACCUGAAUCCAUGACCCAGCAGCAUCCUGCAGGUAUCCCUAACGAUACAUUGAAUUGUAAGCGUUUUAAAGACACCUUUCAUUUCCAAAGAAACAAACAGGAUUAUAAGGCUACUUCGUAGUAACGGGCUGAUGGGGAUGUGCCACUAGGUGGGGUCGCAUUUUCACGACUGGAUCAUUGACUAUAAUGGGGUUACGUUAUCAAUAGUUACUAGAAUGGGUUCGCACAUUUUCUGGAUCUAGGAAUUUAAAAAAAAAACGAAAGGUGUGAAUUCCUUUUUGGAAGACUGGCCAAUAGUUUAAAAGCCUAAUAUACUUGUAAAUGCACAAACAGAAAGUGGCUAAGUAAAUUCAUUACAUUUGCCCAAAAUUGACUAAUAUGGGGUCUAUAAUUGGCCACACAAUAGACUAUAAUAGGUUGCGUUUCUGAGAGGCCAGUAGCCUGUGUGGUAAGCGUUUCCUCGCGAGUUCGUCGAAUAAGCUGCAGGGACGAGAGCCAAAAAUAAAGGAAUGACGGGGGAGGGGGAGGGAAUUUUUUUUCUCCCGCUCUAACUUUCGCGCAAUAACUUCAUUGGAAACGCUUGCUACGCACGCUAAGAGGCCAGCGGCACAUACCCGGCAAAAAGUGACCAAAGCAGCCCAACAACCCCACUCCCCAGGCCCCUGAGUUCUCCAAAGCGUGGCGUCCGAAGUUGCACCGCACGGCAUACAAAUUAGCUACGGAAAAAACCGCGGUAUUAUUUUGCGUUUUGUCACUAAUUCAAAUGGGCUCGUGAUCAAACGAAAGGGGAAAAUGGAGAGCAAAACUCAUUCUCGACUCCAGAGUUUACGUCUCUGACUCCGCGCGGUAGCUGUGGGAAACUCUACUUACGUACAUAUCAAAGUAGCUAAACAACCCUCACAGCGCACUCUUCUCUAUACAAAACCAAAUGCUUACAUUAACGAUAACCUUUUACAUCUUUGAGCGCUGUGCUCCUUCGUUUUAUAAAAGCUGAAGACACCACGUUUAUAGUUAAUUUUCAAGGGUGGUGAACCCCACCAAGUGGUAAGCGUAACCCAUAUUUUUAAGGGUAGAUGUAUAAUUAUCAAUUCAAAUAAAUUAUGAAUUUAGCGUCGCUUAAGACUUGCAUUUAUUUGUUUAUUUCUUUCGCAAUUUUCGCCACGUAGUUAAUUUUUUUUAUUACUUUCAUUAAUAUUGUUACUACAAAAUGCGAUAUCUUGAGAAAAUAGUCCUUAUUCUUUGCUAUGCUUCUCACUUGAGACACACAUCACUUUAUUAAGUCUGGUUCUUGGUAAAUUUUCGAAUACGCACCCUAGCUGGUAUAUUUUAUUAGAAAUUGAGGAGUUUAUUGGAUUCGCUAAAACCGAAAAUCGGCUGGCUUUGUUGAUUUAACUUUUCUUGUCCUUUGUAUGCUCAGGCUGGCGCUCGCGUGCUCAACACUUCGCAAGUUCACCUCUCCGGCGACCUUGAAUGAACUAAUCAAAACCGCUUUCAAAACAAUCAGAGAAAACCUUGUCUAGGGUUCUCAAGUACUCUCUCCCUGGCGGUUAUGUGUAGAAGAGCUCUGGGGUAGAGACUGCAUGAGCGUCACUGUGGAGAGACGCAGACAUGCAUGUAAAAGAUUGCGUGCGGUGCUCGCGCGAACUCACGCGUCUCAUGCCUUGAGCGGCAGCUUUUAUAAAGCAAAAGAAAUGGACUGUUCUGCAGUCUAGGAAGAAAAUAAUGCACCAACAAGUAACCAGACGCCAACAGCCUUUUGUAAAGCAGACGAAACGGACCGUUUUGCAGUGAAGAAAAUAAUACACAAACAAGUAACCACACGCCCGUUUAAGUUCACCUCUAAGUCCAAAAUACAAAACCAAGAGGUCCUAUUAUGGCUCUUGACAAAACUUUAAAAAAACGCAAAGGCAAAGUAGCUAUUUAGUAAAAGAAUUUAUCCCCGAAUUCACGCCUCUUUUAGGAGUCUAAGAAUCAUUGCAAAUGUUCCAUACUGCCGCAUGGUUAGCUAAGUUGGGAGAACGCCGGUCUGCCGAGCGUGAGGUCGCGGAUUCAGACCCCGGUCGGACCAACACUUAGGGUCUUUAAAUAACUGAGAAGAAAGUUCUGCCUUUGUAAUGACAUCUGCAAAUGGUUAGACUUUUCAGUCUUCUCGGAUAAGGUCGAAAAACCGUAGGUCCGGUCUCACAGCACUUUCACUGAUUUGUUCUUGUGGGACGUAAAAGAACCAACCUCACUAUUCGAAAAGAGUAGGGGACGUAGACCCCGGUGGUGUGGUCAACCUUUACGGAUUGUGGGAUUGGGCAGGGAUGGCAUCUCCCAUGGGACCUGAGUCCCGUUCGUGCACAUUCCCUCUGGACAGGCCUCUGUCCAGAAACGCUGGUAAAUAAAUAAAUAAAUACAAAUUCCUCUAUAUUUAAUUUGUUGUACACAUAUUACAAAUAAUUAUAAAGUAUACCGUAUCGUAUAUUGUAUAUCCUGGAACCUUCAUAUAACGAAGGACCAAGCUAGGGGUCUUUUCUAUGUAUUUUACUACUAGUAGAGCCAGGCGAAGAAUAUCGUUUGUUUUUCCGAGCUAGGACUUCGCUAUGUGUAGACGGUGUUUUAUAUCGUCGUUCCACCUUAACGUGCACGAUUUGUGCCCCUGUUAAAAAAAAAAGCCAAGUCGAUCUUAUCUGUACUAUUUUGUCUUCGUAGGGUUGCCCGCUUAUAUCACAGAAAAGAUUCGUCAGCUUUACCAAGGCCGUGAAGGGAAACUAGCUCCAUUCGCUUGGUGUGAUUAUCCUAGUUUUAACCUGAAUAAUAUUUUUACCCGAUUGAAGAUCGUGAACAGAGAAGCAACACGAGGAACAUUGACCGACGAUGAAAUCACCAACAUGACAAGCAUCUUCAGGCCCCACUCGAAGUGCAAGAAGCCACGUAAAGUUUUGAUCGAAGGGGAUCCUGGAAUGGGAAAAACUACCUACUUACAAAAACUGGCGUAUGACUGGGCAAACAAACAAAAUGAAUGGGACGCGUCUUUUCCAGAGAUUGAAGUUCUGCUCUUGCUUAGAUUGAACGACAUAAAAUCUAGCAUUUGGGAAGCUAUUGAUGAACAAAUUCUUUCUGAAGAUAUCGACGAAAAGGACAAGGAGACGUUCUUUAAAUACAUUCAGGAAAAUCAGUCCAAAGUUCUGCUAUUGCUAGAUGGAUUAGAUGAGGCAGACCCCUGUGAACGAGACAUUUACCUCUCACUGGUCACGUGUAAACUCCUCCCAGCUUGUCACGUUAUCAUUACUUCGCGUCAUGAGGUUAGAGAGAAAGUAAGCUGUGACAACCUCUGGGAAAUUGUAGGAUUCACCAAAGAGGAUUCUAAAAGCUUUAUCAGAAAAUAUUUUCAGGGCAAGGAUCGCUUAGCUGAGAAGUUUUUUAAUUAUCAUGUUGAACAUUGGUAUACUGACCCACCUGAUCCUCAACACCGCGGCCUCUCCGAUUUGGCGAAAAAUCCACUUAAUUUGAGUUUACUCUGUUGUAUUUUCGAAGAUUCCGAAAAAUUUUUUUCUGAAAGCAGCAGAACCCGAUUGUACAUUGAAAUCGUUACCCUUGCUUUAAGAAGAUAUGAAGAAAAAAAUGGAAUUGAAAGCAGAAAAGAUCAAGCUUUGAGUUCAGUUUAUGGGGAAAAACUCAAACUUUUGGGCCGGUUCGAGUUAGAUUCCCUUCAUAAGGUGAAGUCGUACUUUGAAAAAGAGAAAGAUAUCGACAAUUUUGGAUUCUUGUCUUUUCAACGAGGCUACACUAGGUGAAAACCUUGCACGCGCUGUGUAGUUUCACACAAAAGCUUUAGAUCAAGACUUGAUUUCAGUUUAUGGGGAAAAACUCAAACUUUUGGGCCGGUUCGCGUUAGAUUCCCUUCAUAAGGGGAAGUCGUACUUUGAAAAAGAGAAGGAUAUCGACAAUUUUGGAUUCUUGUCUUUUCAACGAGGCUGCACUAGGAGAAAACCUUGCACGCGCUGUGUAUUUUCACACAAAAGCUUUCAGGAGUUUUUUGCUGGUUUUUAUCUGGCGUUUCAGGUUAUCGACGGACAAAUUGACUUUGCCGACGUUUUAACCGAUGAAAGAUAUUUGAAGGAACUAAAAGAUGUUUUUUUGGUCAUGAGUGGAAUCAUAGCAUUCAAAAGGGACGAAAUUGGAGAAUCCAUCCUUAUUAGUAUGGCCGAGCACAUCAGUGGUCUUCUACGUACAUCCCACCAAAAAGUUAAAUCGUAUAUGACUUUGGCUUGUGCGUGUGUUUUUGAAUGCGAUUACAGCCGCCUUGUAAAAGGGAAAUGGAAAGAUGAGGAGAGAGAGCUAACUUGCUUUGAAUAUACUUUCGGUACGCACCUUGACAUGUCCUCCCUCACUGAAGUGGAUUUAUCCUCCGCUGAAAUACAGAAUUUUGGUGCUGCUGUGAUUUCCGUGGUCCUCGAAAAAAACUCCUCCCUAACUCAUUUGGAUUUGAGUUUCAACCUCUUUGACGGUGUUGCUCCUUCUCUUUCCAAGGCCCUCAAAGCAAACUCCUCCCUGACUUCUUUGAAUUUGAAGGGUAAUUCUAUUGGUGAGGAUGGUGCUUCUUCUCUUUCCAAGACCCUAAAAGCAAACUCCUCCCUGACUGAUUUGAAUUUGAGUUAUAACAGAAUCGGCGACGCCGGUGCUUCGUUUCUUUCCCAGGCCCUCAAAGCAAACUCCUCUCUGACUAAUUUGAAUUUGAGUAUAAACAGUAUUGGCGACACCGGUGCUUCUUCUCUUUCAAAGGCCCUCAAAGCAAAUUCCUCCCUGACUAAUCUGAAUUUGAGUUUUUGCAAAAUUGGCGACGCCGGUGCUUCUUCUAUUUCGAAGGCCCUCAAAGCAAACUCCUACCUGACUGAUUUGGAUUUAACUGGUAACAGAGUUGGCGACACUGCUGCUUCUUGUCUUUCCAAGGCCCUCAAAGCAAACUCCUCCCUAAACAAAUUGGAUUUGACUGAUAACAGUGUGAGUCCCGUUGGUGCAGCUUCUUUUAAUGAGGCCUCUAAGAUAAACAAAAAAGUGGAUGUACGCUUUUAA